UUAUUGUGCAGUGUGGUAGGGAUCUGUCAGUUCGUCCGUCACUGUUUUAUUAUAACAAAAAACGUAUUAUUAGUUUAUUGUGUCCAAUUUAUUCGAAUAUUGAUGGAAAAUGUAAAAAAUCAUUUUUCAGAAUGAACAUUCAUUAUUGCAAUUUGUAUCAACUAUAUAUUAAUCUUAAUGUGUUCCAAAUUGAUCAGUGCAGAUCGUAAUAGGAACAAUCGCGCUCAGAACGAAAGGACAUUUCCACCAUUACCAUUAUGAAAUAGCACGUAGCUAUUUAUGCCGUGCGAAGUAAAAUAAAGUUCAUUUUUGUUUUCUAAAAGCUUUCAAGUUAUUAUACUAGUCUUUUAAAUUAAUUAAUUCGAAAUAGUUGAAUAGAAAAAGUUGUUUUGUCUCUUUGCUAAAAAGGCUGCUGCUGGAGCAAUUAAUCUAAAAACAUCAGUUUUACGUCAGCCAGUUACAGAGUUUUUGCUGACAAGAUAAAAUAAUGUACGAAUUGGAAGGAGUAUUAGAAACAUAAUCAUGUUGCUGAGUUAGAUAAAAUGAGGUUUUCCGCAUUACAAGAAGACGGAUACGGGCUUGGCUUGGGACAAGACCGAUUCCCUAAUGAUGUUGACGAAAGUAUGAUGGCUGCCACUGGUGACAUGGAUCCAGAUGGUGGUGGACCACCAGAAAAGGGUUCUAUGACUUCCAAUUUGCCCCUUUUAUUUGCAAACGGAUAUCCAACGUCAUUAGAAAAGAUCACACUGUUGGAACUAGAACGAUUUAUAACAUUUAUGGUGCAAUGUUCUUUGGGACAUGACACUGCUGAAGUGAUUCGUCAACCUCAGUGGUGGCCUAAAGAAGUAAAGUUUUCAAAUCCUUUUGUCAGACCUAAGACAAUUAACGAUAACUGGAUAGGGAGUUUAAAGAAACUCGUAUUCAGGUGCUAUACGUAUCACAGAAGCGAAUAUUUAUUGCGCUUUUGUUCGUAUUUGACACAAUAUCCACGAGAAAAUCUUGAAUAUGUUAAUAACUGGGAUUCAACAACCAGUCUCUACCUGAAGAGUACUCGAAGACUUUUGGUGACAUUCCGCAAUGAAAAUAUGAAUUAUGAUAAGAAAAUUGAAAGUCCUAGAAAAAUGUUGUUACCAUUUAAUGGAGUCACAUCUGCAUUUCCCAGUAAAACGAAAGCGCAACAUCAACUGUCGUUGGUUGUGGUGCAACCACCAAACGACGAUAUAUAUUUAUGUGAUAAUUGUGACGCGGAACUGAUAGGUUUCGAUCAAAUGAAGGAACACGAAAGGAUAUGCUGCGAACAAGAGCAGAGCAACAGUAAUUCAAGGCCUUCUACGCCAGAUGUCUUGUGCAUUCAGCCGGAAAUGGAGCAGAAUCAAUUUUUAGCUUAUUUUCAUUUACUUCCACCCGAGUCGGCAAAUGUUUGUUCCAAUUCGUCGAAAGAAAUUUUUAUCAAUCAGAAUAAUGCAACACGGUCAUCGCGUCGAAUUAGAGGGGCGGUGAACAUGACACGAUGUCCGACAAUUCCAUUCUCCUCACCAGCUGGCAUUGCUAUGGCAAAAAAGUCGAAAAUGAUGAGCGAGGGAAUUCAGCAGGAGCGACUGGAGAGGAUAGAAAGACACUUGACGGCACCACCAUUGCUCUCUUCUUCAUCUCGACCGAAAUGGCUCGAUCGAAAUGUACCGGAUGGAGAUCGAUGGAAUGUCACGUAUAAAACUAAUCGAGAGAAAUUAGGGAGAGAUGUUUAUUCUCAUGAAUAUAAAUUCAACAAUUUUAGAAACAAACCUGUGCUCAAUAUACGAUCACAAUUGUUAUACGUAGCCUGUCAGCCAAUUUACGUAAGUAUGACUUCACUAAAUCAGGAUCAAAUACAGGAACUACAACACGAUCCUUCUAAAUAUAAGAGUCCCAUUCGUCAAGUGCCGCGACCAAGAUUGCGUUUUAAGAGUUUAAAGAGGCAACAGACGGCAAUGAGUUGCAGCCAGGAAGAGGUGAUAGUGAUCGACGAUGAGGAAAUUGUGCCGGAAGAAAUGGCCAUGGCCACUUUGACUCCAAUUGGGAGAGUUUCGGGAAAUGUUUAUAGUCGACCCCACAGUUACUCGGCACGACCCGCGAGCAUUGCUGCCAAGCGCCACCGGAGUAAAGUAAAGAAUUCAAGGUCCACUAGUGCGAUCAUGGUUGUAGAUCUAUGUUCUUCCGACGAAGAAGAAAGUUCAAGUAAACGCAUAUCCACCGAUGAAAAUAAGGAUCCCAUGGACUGUUCUUCAGAACCUGAAACAAGUUUUUCACGAACAUUUUCAACCGGCAAAUUUUGUCCGAAACCCUGCAUUUAUCCCGUAGACGCGACAAAUAAUAGAUAUGCAGUUAACAAUUUGUCUGCGGAUAGUGACAAUCGUGGUAAUAAGUGUCUCGGUGAUGUUUUAAAGCAUUCUUGUACUGGAUUCACACCUCUUCUUAGACAGACACCUUGAACAUAAAUUGACUGAUCUAAUGUGUUACAAAUUUUUUUUUUAUUUAUUACAUGCACAACAUUGUAAUGAAUAAUUUACUAAUUUCGCGCUAAUGUUUAUUAAAAGGUGUUCCACUUUUGGACAUAUACUAUAAAUGCGAAAGAUCAUGGUCUAAACUGUAGCUAAAUAUAAGAUACGAAUAUUACAAAAAUCAUUAAAGAAAUAUUGCCUUUCA